GCCGCGGUCCGGACGGCAGCGCGUGCCCCGAGCUCUCCGCCUCCCCCCGCCCGCCAGCCCGAGGCAGCCCGAGCCCAGCCCGCGGCCCCAGCAGCAGCGCCGAGAGCAGCCCCAGCAGCAGCGCCAUGGCCGGGUGGAACGCCUACAUCGACAACCUCAUGGCGGACGGGACCUGUCAGGACGCGGCCAUCGUAGGCUACAAGGACUCGCCCUCCGUCUGGGCCGCCGUCCCCGGGAAAACCUUCGUCAACAUCACGCCGGCUGAGGUUGGUGUCCUGGUUGGCAAAGACCGGUCAAGUUUUUUCGUGAACGGGCUGACACUUGGGGGCCAGAAAUGUUCUGUGAUCCGGGACUCGCUGCUACAGGACGGGGAAUUCACCAUGGAUCUUCGCACCAAGAGCACCGGCGGAGCACCCACCUUCAACGUCACCGUCACCAUGACUGCCAAGACGCUAGUCCUACUGAUGGGCAAAGAAGGUGUCCAUGGCGGUUUGAUCAACAAGAAAUGCUAUGAAAUGGCCUCCCACCUGCGGCGUUCCCAGUACUGACCUCGUCUGCCCCUCCCCUCCACCGCUCCCCACAGCUUUCGCACCCCUCUCCUUCCCAAA